UUAACUUCACCGCCAUUGGUGGUAAUCUACCUUCUGCACCAGCUCUUAUGGGAAACGUUGUUAUGUGGAAACCUUCUAACACUGCCGUUCUUAGUAACUACUUUGUACACAAGCUUCUAGAAGAAGCAGGUAUUCCUCAAGGAGUUAUUUCUUACUUACCGUCAUCCGGGGCCGUAUUUGGGGAUACGAUCACAAGUAGCCCACACUUCGCUGCCAUAAACUUCACUGGAUCAGUUCCUACCUUCAAAAAAGUUUGGCAGAAUGUUGCCAAUAAUCUCGAUAAGUAUGUCACUUUCCCAAAAUUGAUUGGAGAAUGUGGCGGUAAAAAUUUCCACUUUGUGCAUCCAUCUGCAAAUGCUGAUGUAGUUGCCGCAGGCACCGUUCGUUCUGCUUGGGAAUAUGGUGGUCAGAAAUGCUCUGCAUGCUCUCGAUUGUAUGUGCCCAAGAGCCGAUGGGAUGAGAUCUUCCGAAAGAUUAAGGAUAUUCAUGGCAAAAUCAAGCUUGGCGAUGUCCGCGAUGGCGAUAUAUUUUUCUCCGCUGUGAUUGAUAAGGCUUCGUUUGACAACAUCAAAAGCUACAUCGUGUUGUCAUACUUUUCUCCUUUUUUUUACUGUCGAAGAAAAACAUUGAAAGAUAGUGUUGCAGACUAUGCAAAGACA